CAGCCGCCAGUCUUGCGAGAGCCGCGCGCGAGAGCGGACGUCGCUCGUUUCACGCCGAUGCGGUGCCACGUGAGGGAAAAGCCAGGAGGAAAACACGUUCGCGCGCAGCUCCAAAAUAAUAUUUUCUUCCCGUUUCUUCCCUCCCGUUGUGGACUCACGCCAUCGUGUUGAAUGACAGAAAUGGAUUGCACCGGAAAUGCGACGGAAUCAAAUGGGCAAAAUCGGUUUUCGGAAUACGUGAGAUGUGUUUAAUGAUCGCAAUCUUUCGUCGAAUUUAAUUCUGUCAUAUUGAUACGAAAAACCGACGUGUGAUUUUUUCGCGGAUUCUCAACGCAAGACAAAACAAAAAAAAUUGAAAAAUUGAUACAACAAACGAACUAAAAUUACAAACCGAAAGUUUUGACGAGUGCGACUCUAUUUGUUACUUUGUUAAUGAACAACGUUGUAAUAAUAGAAAACGAAAAUUAACGUUUCACUUACGCAGUAGAAAUAAAUAGGACUCCAUUAAUCAAGAAAAAUGCAACAGGAAAUGAUUACAAAUAUAUCUGCGUGAACUAUAACAAACAUUUCAAUUCAUUCAUGAAAAGAAGAUCGAAUAACGAAGCAGUUGUAAAAUUGAAUAUUUUCAUCGAGUGAAUUGUACGGUAGCCGUAUUCAUUGCAUUGCUGAUUGCAUUUACUAGAAUGUUAAUUGUGAUCACACUCGUAUCAAAUUAUCGUUGUUCUACGGAAUGAAACGAAAUUGAACGCUUUUAAACAGAGCUCGAAAACAAAGCUGGAAGAAAGGCGGAAAGUUAUUCAAGACAUCUCUGCUGAAGCUUUUAGUAUCUCGCACGAGGAUAUUCCGCGGAUAUUCUCAAAAGGUUUACGCCGACAGACCCUGAAGAUUUCACGAAGGUGUGAACACGGCCAUUAUGAAAUCCUCGAGGAGAUCGAGCGUUUAGAGUUACCGUGUAGAUAAAACUUCCACUACGCCCGGAACGAUACCAAUUCUUUACAAGCGUUCCGGAAGGAUCUUCACAAUUUCACUCACGCGCACUUAUUCCGCCUAAAGUUUCGUGCCCCGCGGCGACUUUCGUGAAAAUGCGAAAACCAGAGUCGCGGAGAUCCUGUUCGCGAACAACUUGAAAAAGUAUUCCAUGAAGUAAAGAUUCAUUCCGCCGAGAAAAUAAAAAUCACAUUGGCGAAGAUAUCCUCUUCAGAACUCGCUAAAGAGAAAAAUUUCCGUAAAUUGUGUAAGAUUCAUCUCCAGGAUCUCUGAAUCAUUAUCGAGGAAGUUAUCCGCGUAGAACGUCAAAGAGAAUAUCAAGAGUGCACGUUAAAUUAUUAUAAAGUUCUUAGAGUCCUGAGGGUACAGUUCUGAAUUUCCCGGUUUCUCGUCGAAAACCGUAUGUGACUGAUUUAUUAAAAAAAAAUCUGCGAUCGUAAGAUCUUCAAACUAGAAGCAGUCAUCGUUGGUUACGCAAUGUACCAAACACUAAAAAGCCUCAAGAAGACGAGCGAAAAGUCCUGGGAAUAAACAGUGAAAAAGAAAGACGGAAGGCAAAGGAGAAUCGCGAACACGAAGCAGGAAGAGAAGAAGGAAUUGCGAAUAACAGGCAGAUACGAGGAAACGCUCCAGGAAUGCCGUGGAUAAAGUGUUUGGGCGGCGGAGGCGGAAAGGCCAGGCGGGGCAAGCCACUCAGCGUCAGUCAACCGAUUCACCUGCUUGUCAAGAGCGACUUCGAACCCCAGUGUCACGUGUUCCGCACCAAGCAGCUACGCAAACCCCGACCAUGUCAUUUGUGCCAUCAGGCGGUGAUCAAGCAAGCCUCUUGCUGCCGAGUGUGCAAGUACAUCUGCCACAAGUCAUGCGAAGACAAGGGCGCGCGGUUCCGAGACACCUCGCAGCAAAUCCAUAAACAAUGGCAAGCCGAUCCGGCGAGAGCAUUUCCGACCGUCGGCAGCGUCGCUGCAAGCUCGCCCUCCCCCGCGUCGGGCGAGCUCUCCACGCCAAAUUCCACGCCCAGCCCUAGCCCUAGUCCGACUAAUCAGCAAGUCACGCACAAUGGCGGUUACGAAUCACAGCCGAAAAAUGUUAACAACAUCAUGCGAAACAAACAGCAUCAGGUGCAAACGUCAGCGCUGGCGUCAACGCCGGCGAGGACACCAGGCGUCGGCGCGGAUGCGACGAUGACGGGAUCGGGAAAGGGCGGAGGUCGCGUAACGGAGGUGAUGGAGCUCUGUUACGUCACCGAGAGGAUCAUCGCCCUCUGGUACAGAGAAGAUGCGCAGGGUGUCCUCGAACACGCUACGACCCUUCUGCGCGGAAAGCACGCCGAUAAUUACAUGAUCUUUAAUUUGUCGUCGCCUGGUCGACCUGGUGAACCAAAUACGAGGGAAGCUGGAUGGCCGCAGGGAUUAGCACCAAGUUUGGAGAGACUGUGCGCUCUCUGCAAAGAGCUAGACUCCUGGCUAAACGGCGCUCCUAAUCGCGUCGUCGUUCUGCAUGCAAGGGGCAGCAAGGAGCGGCUGGGUGUGGCAGUGUCUGCUUACAUGAACUACAGCAGCAUCUGCGGGGGACGCGAUCAAGCGCUAGACAGGUUCGCCAUGAGGAGGUUUCUCGAUGACAAGAUUGGAUCGCUGCAGGUUCCGUCGCAUCGAAGAUACAUCGAGUACUUCAGUGGAUUGUUAUCGGGCUCCCUGAGAAUCAGCCAGUCGCCAUUGUACCUGACCCAUCUGACAGUCCUCGGCGUGCCGCUCUUUGAACCGACGGGCUGUCGAGCCUUCCUCAAAGUGUACGAAGGACUUACGCCGGUCUACACCUCAGAUCUGUAUUCCGUGACGAACGCGCGCGAAUUUACGGUUAAUCUCGGCGGACUUAGACUGAGGGGUGACAUCUUGGUCAAGUGUUAUCACAGGGUGUACUCGAAGCAGACGCGAGAGGUUAUGUUUUCUCUCCAGUUCCAUACGUGUGUAAUUACGGAGAACGUCGUCUCUUUCCCACGUUCGGAGCUCGACGUCGCCUGCGACGAUCCUCGGUGCCCGCCUGACAGCGUAGUGACACUCUACUUUGCCACCGACGCAAAGCGUCAGGACGGUCCAGUACCGGCGCCGACGCCCGCCGUGCCGCAUGCAUCGGCGCAUCACGAUCCUAUUCUGCACUGGGACAGCUACACAAAUCUCGAGAUCAGUGACGACGAAGGCCGUGAGACUCCGCUGUCACCGCCACCUCCUUCGAGCUCCUCGGUUCAGACGUCACCUCGUGGCUUGGGUUACACCUGCGGUCCUAUAGAUGGAUCCUUGUACGCCGUGGUGCAUCAGGGCUCAGCAGGAGGUGCCCGCGGCUCGCCCUUGACGGUUUCUAUGGACAGUGGCAUAAGCAGCGCACCGCCACAAAGACCCAGCCCGCCGGAACCCGAGCCGGAAAAUCAGGCUCACGGAGACCUCGACAAGCUUCUCCAUGAUAUGAUGCUCACCGUCGAGUCUAUGCCAGAUCCUCCGACGGAGAACUACAAUCGCGAUCGAAACGAGAAGAUGUACAUUCAAGAAACACGCAGCUACAGCAGUCACCCGACGUCUUCUACUUAUUCCACCUUGAAGGACUCGUACAGGAGCUACGGGGCUGGCAAGGAGUCCAGUCCGCCUUACAAUUCCAGCAGCAGCUACAGCACUCUGAAAAACGAGUACAGAGAUUCGUCGAAGAGCGUCGAGCAUCGGCGGGACGAUUUCGAAUAUCGCGUGUCCCCGGAUCGGAAGAUAUCCGAGUCCUCCAACGAUUCCUACCGAAAGCACGCGGAUUCCUUCUCGCCGCCCGGCAACAUCGACUUCAUCGACGAGGACAUCCCGUAUCACGCCAGGCAGACCAGUCAGCCGUUCUCGUACGGCGCCACCACCGACAUGAUAAAGCAUCAGAAGCUGUCGUCGCCCUCGUUAGUGAGGAAGGCGUCGGUGCGCGGCGCGGCGCCCGUCGUGGACUUCGAGGACAUUCUUGGCGAGAAUUCUAGGAGACCCAUCAGCCCUCUCAGUCCUAAUACUCCGGAUCCACCGCCGGAGUUCGCGAACGGGCCUGUCAAGAGUGGAACGGACCACAUCGACGGGUUAUCGUGGCUGAGACAACAGCAAUUGAAACUCGCUGCUAGGAGAGAUGAAAGAAAUCCUGGUAAGCUCUGGCGGCAGGAGAGCGGAAGCCGUGUUAUCGGCGAGCUCAGGAGCUUGCAGAGAGGAAGAUUGAGACACGAUGGUUACGCGAGCGAUUCAGCGGUUCUCGACGACGAUGACGACACAUGGGCAGCGAGCUCCGUUUCAGGACAGCCACUGUCGAGAGCCGUACUGUACACCUCCGCACCAGCUAGUCCUCUACUUCCGCAGAGAUCGAGCAGCCGGAAGUAUAACGGCAAUAUCGGAAAUGGCUUUCUCGGCAGACCGCGGGCGGAAAGUAUGAACGAACGACCGUUCGUCUCCGUGAAGCGCGCUUACGAGUACCGGAAGUACAACGACAGUCAGCCGCACAAUGACUCGGCGUCAUCGUGGACCGAGAGGAGCGUCAGUCCCGGGAGCGCGGUCGUCAGCGGCGCCUCGCGUCCGCAGACGCCGGCGUUUCCGGUUCAUCCGCGGACGCCGUACGUCAACAACGCGUCGCCCACGGUGACGUUCGCCAGCGAUCGCACUUACAUGACGUCCAACAACAGCUACAACGUUAGCAACAACAACAACAACGAGGCCGGCGGUAAUAAUAACAACAACGUCGGGAACUACGGCGCCGAACGAACGAUAUAUAUCGAAGAACGAAGAGAAGUCUCGAAGGAGACGGGACUUCCCCCCAAGAGUCCGACAACACAGCGACGCUUGAGUUUCCCGGCAAGCGGGCCGCUUAAACAAAUGCAUAACAAACGAUGGCCGCUCACUAACCAAUCGGCGUCGUUCGACUAUAGCAAGGACCGACCUGUUUCUCCGGUAAGCGAAUCGACGAUGUCGCAGCCGCAGGCUGUCUCGCGCAGUCCUGGAACACCGACCCACAUAGAAUUCGCCCAAAGCCCCAAGAGCGCUGCGUCAUACACCUCGAUCAGCAGCGGUGGUUCGCCGCUCCAAGUCCAAUAUUACAGCAGACGUUCCAGCGUUCAUUCGAACACCGAGCCUCAGGAAGUAGCCGACGCUAAUGUGAAAUUCGUACGAGACACCAGCAGGAUUUGGUACAAACCCAAUAUAUCGCGGGAGCAAGCAAUCUCGAUGCUGAAAGAUGCGACACCCGGUACAUUUGUGGUACGAGACAGCAACUCGUUCCCGGGUGCCUUCGGGCUGGCAUUGAAAGUUGCAACGCCUCCUCCAGGCGCGCCCAGCAGCCCGCGAGAUCCCUCGAGCGAGCUCGUCAGGCACUUCCUGAUCGAGCCGACGUCGCGCGGCGUCAGACUAAAGGGUUGCGCGAACGAGCCGGUCUUCAGCUCACUCUCGGCGUUGGUUUACCAGCACAGUCUGAUGGCGAUGGCGUUACCUUGCCAACUGCUGCUACCUGAGCCGGAAGCAGCUGCCAGAGCCUUAGACUCACCUGGUACUAAUAGCACUCAGCAGCUCCUCGCUCAGGGCGCAGCAUGUAACGUUUUAUACCUCUUCACGGUUGACACGGAAUCCUUGACCGGCCCGCAAGCCAUAAAGAAAGCUGUCACCAGCCUGUUCGAGCAGAAACCGCUGCCGGUCGCCACGAUUGUUCACUUCAAAGUUUCCACGCAGGGCAUUACUUUGACCGACAAUGCGAGAAAGUUAUUCUUCCGCAGACAUUAUCCCACAAAUAACAUAAGUUAUUGCGGACUGGACACUGAAGAACGCACGUGGGAGUUCGACAACGACGACGCCAUCAGGAGAUCACUUAGCGCUCAUCGCUGCUUCGGCUUCGUAGCGAGAAAACCCGCCCACAAAUCGGACAAUCAGUGCCACGUGUUCGCCGAAUUGGAACCAGAGCAACCGGCCACGGCCAUCGUCAAUUUCGUAAACAAGGUCAUGAUGGGAAGCUCCAUCGCCAAAGCUAACAUCGUUUAAGAAAUCGCUACUCGCUCGCCACAAUUUGCCAAAAAAAUCAACGGGCACAAACAUCACCGCGAAUUUUCAUCGAUUCCACCUUCAAAAUUGACACAUAUCUUCUAACGCGAGAAAAAGUUUAGAAUCCGAUUGGAGAGCGAUCGAGAAACGAAUAACGGGACGAAUGAAUCGAUAUAAUCGAUUAACAAAAUCAUUAAUCCGCUGUCACGCGGAGGACGCGCGCGGAUUCUUGAAAAGGAUCCCGCUGCAAAGUGACCGCACGAAUUAAUCAUUAUUGUUAACUGACUACUCGUAAUAAGUCGUCGUGCAUUUCGUAGCGUUGAAUCAGUAGGACAUUCAUGUUAUAAACAGUAGGGACGGCAUAAUUAUCGGUAGCACUGCGAAGAGAUCGAGGAUCCCUCUCUUCGGGAUGAGAUCGAGGAGAACGGACGAGAGGCGAUGCGUAAAUCGAUUCCAUCCUCGCGUCAAUAUGCAGCCAAGAUGAGAAAGUUGUUAUUAUGAUUAUCGUCACUGUUGCGAUGUAACGUAGCGAAUAGUAGAGUGCUAUAAUGAGUGGUCUAAAGAAGGUAAGGUGGCUAAAUAACUAUAUUUAAUUAUUUAAUAUAUUCGAAUUGAUUUUA